AUGCAAUUAAAAUCAAAUAAUGCAGAUGCUAAAUCAACAGAUCGUUCAAAAUUUCGUUUAUCUGAUUUAAAAUCCGAUCAUGAUGGUUACCCAUUUAAACUAGGUGUAAAUGGUAUAAAAUCAACAUUUCAGACACCAUCCGUUAUACAAAUUAAAAAUAUAAAUAUGCGAAGUAAAGUUGCGAAUGACACAAAAGCUAAAUUAACAGAAUCUGCGGACUAUUUCGAACAAUCUGCUAUUGAAUGUUUAGAAAGAUGUCAUAGAAAUGAUUAUGAUUGUUCAUGUGAAAUAAUAUUAAGACAAAUUGAUCUAUUUGGUGAUGUGACAUGUUUACAGGUUGCUGUCGAUGCUGGCUGUAAAAGCUUUGUUGGUUCGCCAGGUUGUGUACAAGCUAUGACAAACAUUUGGUUUGAUAAAAUACAUCCAGAUCAAACAAAAAAACGGUAUCAAUUAACAUUAGUGUUAGGUUUUUUAACACUUGGUCUGACAGCACCGUUCAUGGUGCGAUUUCGGCCUAGGUCAGACGAUAGUAUCCAAGCAGAAACUUACGUGAUGUUAUUUACAUUUGAUCCGCCUACAGAUGGACUACCUUCGUUCGAUUGGACAGAAAUCUUGCUUAUAAUGCUCGUUAGCUGUAUGCUGCUUGAAGAAUUUCGUUAUUUUUUGAAUCAAGAUAAUUUAACACUGUGGGGAAAAUGUGGCACAUAUUUUCCACAUUUGUUUAAACAACUUACUGUUUUGUCAUACGUUCUGUUUUAUGUUGGUUUGAUAUUAAGAUUUCGAAAUGUACAAUCACCAGAAAAUUUUGAUGCGGCAAGAUCUUCAUAUUGA